GCAGCGCCCCAGUGAAGUUCGUGGCAGCGCACAAAGAACCCAACCAAAGUACAUAAAAAAAAACAGAACUCCAGGCGGAAGGAAAGCACAACAAACUCCAGAGAAGGGGCCACAAAUACACAAUAAAGAAAACGAAUUGCAAACCACAACAACAGGAUACUUUGACAGCCGAGCAACUUGAUCCUGGGCACCCAAUUCGCGUGGCCAAUUCUGAAAUAAAAACGCAGGGUGUGCAGUGGAGCGCGUCCUUUAUUUUCGUCAGCACAUCGGUAUCCUGCCAACGAAAGCAAAAAAAAAAGAACCCCAAAGGACGCCCCACGCACUCAUCGUUUGUAAGGGCUGCCAGAGUUGCCCCAUCGCCGCCAGGAGCCAGGAGGAACCCGCAGGACCAAGGCGUCCAAUCUGAAUUCCAUGGCAGCAGCCACAUGGAGCUGGCUGUUGGCCCCAUUCCUGCUCCUCCACUGGGCCACUGCAGGAGCAGGCGGAUCGGGUGGGGGACUGAGCGGCCCCUCCGUCUUCACCAGCUCCUUCCUGGUGCGCUUCCGGCGCGGAGUGGACAACGCGUUUGCCCAUGAUGUGGCCGACAAGUACGGCUUCGACAACCUAGGCCCGCUGGUCGGCGCCGAUGGACACGAGUAUCAUUUCAAGCACCGGACCCUUCCACAUGCCCGCACCAGGCGAAGUCUGACGCACACACGGGCCCUUAAGAGCCAUCCGGCGGUGCAUACGGCCGUGCAACAGCCGGGUUUCAAGCGGGUUAAACGAGGCCUGCGGCCGGCGGUGCCCGCCAUUCACGGCAUGAAGUUCGACCUGAAAGUGGGCGAGGCCAAUCGGAUUGACGAGGAGCCCACUGACCCCUACUUUCCCUUGCAGUGGUACCUCAAGAACACGGGCCAGAAUGGCGGCAAAGUCAGGCUGGAUCUGAAUGUACAGGCGGCAUGGGCGCAGGGAAUCACCGGAAAGAAUGUUACGACUGCCAUCAUGGAUGAUGGCGUGGACUACAUGCAUCCGGAUCUGAAAUUCAAUUAUAACGCCGAGGCCAGUUAUGACUUCAGCAGUAACGAUCCCUUUCCAUAUCCCCGAUACACCGACGACUGGUUCAACAGCCAUGGAACUCGUUGUGCCGGCGAAGUGGCUGCUGCCAGAGAUAAUGGAAUUUGCGGCGUUGGCGUUGCUUAUGACAGCAAAAUCGCAGGCAUUCGCAUGCUGGAUCAGCCGUACAUGACGGACCUAAUCGAGGCCAACUCCAUGGGCCACGAGCCGCACAAAAUCCACAUCUACAGCGCCUCCUGGGGUCCCACCGACGAUGGCAAGACCGUGGAUGGUCCCCGGAAUGCCACCAUGCGUGCGAUAGUGCAGGGCGUCAAUGAGGGACGAAAUGGCCUGGGCAACAUCUAUGUUUGGGCAUCCGGCGACGGCGGCGAGGAGGAUGACUGCAACUGCGACGGCUACGCCGCCUCCAUGUGGACCAUAUCCAUUAACAGCGCCAUUAACGAUGGCCAGAACGCCCACUACGACGAGAGCUGCAGCUCCACGCUGGCGUCCACAUUCAGCAACGGAGCCAAGGACCCCAACACGGGCGUUGCCACCACGGACCUCUAUGGCAAGUGCACGACCACCCACUCGGGCACCAGUGCGGCGGCGCCCGAAGCAGCGGGCGUCUUUGCCCUGGCCUUGGAGGCCAAUCCGCAGCUGACUUGGCGGGACAUACAGCAUCUGACGGUGCUGACAUCGAAGCGCAACUCGCUGUUCGAUGCCAAGAACCGAUUCCACUGGACAAUGAACGGCGUGGGCCUGGAGUUCAAUCACCUAUUCGGGUUCGGAGUGCUGGACGCCGGCGCCAUGGUCACACUAUCCAAGCAGUGGCAUGCAGUGCCACCACGCUAUCAUUGCGAGGCGGGCGAGCUCACCCAGCCGCAGGCCAUUGUUAUGGGCCGUUCGCUCUUCUGGGAGAUCAAAACCGAUGCUUGCAAGGGCAGCGACACGGAGGUCAACUAUUUGGAACAUGUACAGGCGGUGAUCUCGGCGAAUGCCUCACGACGCGGCGAUCUGGAGCUCUUCCUUACCUCGCCAAUGGGCACCAAAUCCAUGAUCCUGUCGAGGCGCGCCAACGACGAUGACCACCGCGAUGGCUUCACCAAAUGGCCCUUUAUGACCACUCACUCGUGGGGCGAGUAUCCGCAGGGAACCUGGAAACUGGAGGCUCGCUUCAAUUCGCCCCAAACCCGACAUGGCAAUCUGCUGGAGUGGUCCUUGAUACUACAUGGCACCAAGGAGGCGCCCUACCGCACCCUGCACCCCUCGUCGCCGCACUCCAAGCUGGCCAUUGUGAAGAAGGCGCACGAGGACAAGAAGAUGAAGUAGGGCGGAGAGGGUCGCGCAGAGGGUCAGAGGUCAGGUCCAGAUAAACAUCCGCGUAGCGACGUCCAUUAGGCAGCUUGGCGUUUUAUCAACGAGUUUAGUGUGAGGUUCAAUAAAAGUGCUGGCUGUGUUUUAUUUUGGAAUAGGAUUGAUUGAGAUUAAACAUUUGAUUUUCAUUGUGUUUAUUCCUUUGUGUAACUUCUAAUAUUUGCCAUUCGUGAUUUGUGUUAGAUCUGUCGAACUGAAAGUUCAUUUAAGCAGGGGAUGUACUCUUAUAAUUUCUGUUUGUGUAAUUAGUUUUCUUAUUUGGUGAGCUAAGCGCCCAGGGUGCCACAAAAUCACUUAAUUCGCUGUUUAAACUAUUUCUGGAAAUUGCAAAAGCGCACAUUUACCACAGUAGAACAGAUCUAUCGAAAUUCUGCACUCAACACCAUAAUCCGUUGAGUGUCCUAGCAAACUCUGUAGUCGAUAUCAAA